AUGCCCUCCAAAGGGGUAGUAUAUCUCCAUGCGUAUGAAGAGUUAAAAAGGGUUUUUAAAAAAUGGCAAAUUUAUGAAAGUGGUAUAUUCAAAGCCGUAUGGUGUGCGUAUAGCUCAACCCGUGGUAAAUAUAACAAAAGUGAAAAAAAAAAAUUUCUCAUAUCAUCAUCCAAAGUGACUAAUGAUUUUAAAAAUGAACAACGUGCGAAGAGAAAUGGCACAAGCUGCAAGAAGCUAGAUGACACACACCGAACGAACCAAAAUGGCAUUCACAGUGAGGGAAAUUUUUAUCUCAACAAAAUAUUAGAUAGAGAAAACGAGAACGCAAAAAAAAAACUCGAAAAAAAUGAAAUAAGAGAAAUUGUACCAGUUAACAGAAUAAGUAAUAGUUAUAUUAAAUAUUUGUUGCAAAAGAAGGGCUUAUAUUAUGUAUACACAUAUCAGUAUGCACUUAUUGAACUACUAAAUUAUAGCAAUAACCUUUUAAUCAAUUUGUUAUAUUCUGAUUGUAUGAUAUCAUAUAUUACUUAUUCAAUUUACAAAAUAAAUGCACCUAAUGUGGAUAUACAAGAAGGAGAAGAACUUUCGAAUGAAGAAGACGGAAGCAUAAUUUUCUCAAAAGAUAAGAUAAAAAAGAAACAAAAAAAAAAUUAUACACGACAAGAUAAAUCGGUUCUGAUUGUAGCCUCAUCUCAAUCACAAAGCUGCGCAAUUCAUGAAACGAUUAUAAAAUUAAAACCUCCAGAUAUAUCAACAUACUUGAUAAAUAACAAAGGAAACAUUCAAAAUGUACAAAGUAAUUAUUUUCUUUAUAAUAUAAUGAUUUUAAAUAUGGAGAAAUUCCCCACUGAAUAUGAUCUUUCUAUUUUAUUAGAUCAUGUAAAUCUUGUCAUAAUUGAUGAUGUAAGUGAAUUAUAUGAGCUAAAAAUGUGCAAUGUCGUAAAAAAGCUUUUAACAAGCUUUAAGGAAAAGCACGACAAGGGUGAUAUAUCACAAAUUCUCAUAAUAAAUAAGUUGUAUAACCAAUGGGUUAUAAAUGAUUUGUUGCAAUAUUUAAAAAGUAUAAAGUAUGAGAUUCGCUCAGAGGACUAUUCGAGUUUCCUUAGUUCUUAUAACGUUCACAAUGUUUUUAGUACCUCUCGCGCUGAUACAAAGGGAAGAAAUAUUCGUGAGAAAAUAGAAAGCUACUCGAUUCCUGUAGAAGAAAAUAUUCGCACAAGAAUGAGAAGUCCCUUUCACUACUUCAAUCUACGAGAAUACAAAAAGAACAACUGUAAACACCUCAGUGUUUAUGUUCCCAUAAAUGAAGACAAAAAAUUUUUAAUUUUGUUUUACCUAUUAAGGAAAAACAAAGAUAAGAAAAUUCUAAUUUAUUACAACAAAAGUGACAUAUACUCAUUCUACCGAUCUAUCAAUUCAUAUGUAUCAUGUGUAUUAAUAUCGAAAUUGUAUAAAGCAGACUACAAGAAUAGUAUAGUUAAGACCUUAAACAAAACGUGUGAUUACGUGUUAAUUACUGAUGACAGCAGUAUACAGAAGGCUCAUCCCGUUUAUGUUCAUUUGUACAUACAUUACACGUUUUAUGAAAGUGCAAAUUCGUAUGUGGAUACAUUGUUUAAUGGUUUUUCUAAUGUGGGGGAAGUUGACAUAAGUAAGAGUUACAACGUGAACACUGUAUCUGGAAUAAGAAAUUCUACAAACGACCAUGUUGGAAUAGUUCACCCACUCCCUGAUACCCAAUCCAUCUUGUUCUACAAUAAAAAUCAGCGCAAAGAGUACGAAUCGUUAAACGCUAUUUUUAGUUUCAACCAUUAUCCACUACCAUCAAUAAAAGUGAUAAAAAACAAUUUCAUUAAUUUUUUAAUAGAAGAAAUUAAGGAUGUAAUUAUUGAAGAUAAUAAACACAUUGAAGAGGCGAAAAAAAUUCAUGAAAAGUAUGGACAAGCCUUUCUCUCUGCAGCACUAUAUUAUAUACAAAAAAAGAAACUAUUUAAAAAGAAUUUUAAGAAAAAAGAUUAUUGUUCCAAUAUAACUUUCAUUGUAGAAAGAAAUAUUCUGUUAAAUACGAAGGAUAAGACCAUUAAUUUUUUAAAUGAUCUGUUAAAUUUUAAAAAAAAUGUUGGUGAUAUAAAUUUUUUUAUUCAAAAUUAUGUAUACUGCAAAAGGGGAUAUAUUCUAUCCGUUCCUGAGGAUAUAUACAACGUAAUUCACAAGAACAAAAAUGCAGGGGCAAAUGCAAACAGAUAUGCAAAUGUGCACAUGUACAUUUUGUAUAAUAAUUAUGAAAAGCAAUUCAGAGCUACCCACGUUAAGAGGGGGGGGGAGUACAAGUCGAAAAAAUCGCUUAGGAGAUUAAAAAAACGGAUGAACAUGAAAAUGGAAAGGAUUGAGAUGAAUAAGCUCAAGAGUCGGAUGACUUCCACUUUUAAAUUAAGCAAAAGAAAUUCAAAAAUGGAAAAAUCACGAAUGGGAGAAAAUGCAAGAACAGAAACUUCAUGA